AUGGAAGAAUCAGAGGCGUUGAAGGACGCUGACAGAGCGAGUAACAACACGCCCAUUGCAGAGUUAGAAGUAUUGGUAGUGGCGGAGGCCAGCAAGCACUGGCGUACUAACGAUCCCAGGAGAGAGAGGCUGGAGCAGGUUACCAGAGCAGCAGUAGGAACUGUUGAGGAAGGGGUGGCUGAGCUCAAAGGGGCUUGUGAAAAGUGGGCGAAGGAACAGCUGAGUUGUAGGCAGCUGAGGGCAUCGCUGGAGUGCAACACACAAUUAGAAUUCGUAGAGGCGAUAGAAAGCCUGGUGGAAAAGGCGGCGGUAGUCGACAAAAUUUUGAGCAUAACUAAAUGGGCUCAAGAGGAAGUGGUGAGUAAUUGCGCCCAAUUGAAAAAGAAAAUGGCGCGAUUAAUACAAAAAGAAGAUGAAGUAGUCGCAUUACAGGCUCAGCUGAAGGCCAAGGAGGAGGAGCUGGAUGAGCUCAGAGGGCGUGAAAAGGAAAUGAGGCGUGAAGCUUUGCCAGGUAGAGAACCUGACACUAAAGUUAAGCAUAAAUUGGAGUCUUUGCGUAGGCUGAAGUUGGACUUGAAUCCUGAUGUGAAUGCGUCGCAGAAUGGGCGAAAACAGUGGCACAGCUCGAAUCGCUGGAUAUUGCAGGAAUGGAUCCAUCCUCAAGGAAGAAGCAGAUAA